AUGGCGCAGGAGCAGGAGUAUUCAAAGCUGAUCGACACGGCGAACGCUCCGAUCUUCGGCAUUGACUUGAAAGGUCUCGUGAACGUGUGGAACAAAAACGCCAGCGAUGUGACCGGCUUCACGAGCGAGGACGUGAUGGGGAGGCACCUCGUGAACGAAUUCAUUACGGAGGACCACAAGGAACGUGUCCAGGAGGUCUUCACGAAGGCGCUAGACGGUCAGGAGGCGGCCAAUUUCGAGUUCCCGAUUGUAACCAAGGCCGGUACGCGCGUCGAGGUGCUGUUGAACGCCACUACUCGCAGAGACGAGUCGAACCACGUCAUCGGCGUCGUGGGCAUCGGCCAGGACAUUACGGCCCGUAUAGCGAAAGAGCAAGAGUACUCCCGUUUGAUCGAUACGGCGAACGCGCCCAUUUUCGGCAUUGACCUGAACGGUCUCGUGAACGUGUGGAACCGCAAUGCGUCCAAGCUCACGGGCUUUGCGAGCGAGGAGGUGAUGGGCCGGAACCUUGUGAACGAAUUCAUUACGGAGGACUACAAAGAGCGCGUCCAGGACGUCUUCACAAAGGCGCUGAACUGCGAAGAAACGGCGAACUUUGAGUUCCCGUUGGUGACCAAAGCGGGCGUCCGCGUCGAGGUGUUGCUGAACGCCACUACUAGAAGAGACGAGCAGAACCGCAUCAGUGGCGUGGUCGGCAUCGGCCAGGAUAUCACGGCGCGUAUGAACCAGGAGCAGGAGUACGCGCGCCUCAUUGACGCGGCGAACGCGCCCAUCUUCGGCAUCGACGUCGAGGGCAGCGUGAACGUCUGGAACCAGUGCGCUAUUCGGUUAACGGGCUUCGACGCCGGCGACGUCAUGGGCAAGCACCUCGUGAACGAAUUCAUCACGGACGAUUACAAGACCUCGGUGCAGGGCGUGUUCACGAAGGCGCUCGAGGGCCGCGAGACGGCGAACUUCGAGUUCCCGCUCGUGACCAAAGCGGGCACGCGCGUGCAAGUGCUGCUCAACGCCACGACGCGCCGCGACGAGAAGAAUAGGGUCAUCGGCGUCGUCGGCAUCGGCCAGGACAUUACGGCCCGUAUGGCGCAGGAGCAGGAGUACGCGCGCCUCAUCGAUACCGCGAACGCCCCGAUCUUCGGCAUCGGCGUGCACGGCCGCGUCAACGUCUGGAACAAAUCCGCCACGAACCUCACGGGCUUCACGAGCGAGGACGUGAUGGGCCGACAUUUGGUGAACGAAUUCAUUACGGAAGAUUACAAGGAGCGCGUCCAGGAGGUCUUCAGAAACGCACUGAAUGGCGUCGAGACGGCGAACUUUGAGUUUCCCCUGGUGACGAAAACGGGUACGCGCGUCGAGGUGCUGCUGAACGCCACUACUCGAAGAGACGAGUCGAACCACGUCAUCGGCGUCGUGGGUAUCGGCCAGGACAUUACCGCCCGUAUAGCCCAGGAACAGGAGUAUUCAAAGCUGAUCGACACGGCGAACGCCCCGAUCUUCGGCGUCGAUCGCGACGGUCUCGUGAACGUGUGGAACAAAAACGCCAGCGACGUGACGGGCUUUUCCACCGACGAGACCAUGGGCAAGCACCUCGUGAACGACUUCAUCACGGAGGACUACAAAGAGCGGGUCCAGGAGGUCUUCACGAAGGCCCUCGACGGCGACGAGACGGCGAACUUUGAAUUCCCUCUCGUGACGAAGGCCGGCACGCGCGUCGAGGUCCUGCUGAACGCCACGACGCGCCGCGACGCCGAGGGUAGAGCGAGUGGCGUCGUCGGCAUCGGGCAGGACAUUACUGCUCGUAUAAAAAAAGAGCAGGAGUACGCGCGACUCAUCGAUACCGCGAACGCGCCCAUCUUCGGCAUUGACUUGAAAGGUCUCGUGAACGUCUGGAACAAAAAUGCUAGCGAUGUGACCGGCUUCACGAGCGAGGACGUGAUGGGCCGACAUCUGGUCGACGACUUCAUCACGGAGGACCACAAGGAACGUGUCCAGGACGUCUUCACGAAGGCCCUCGAGGGCGACGAGACGGCCAAUUUCGAAUUCCCGAUUGUAACCAAGGCCGGUACGCGCGUCGAGGUGCUGCUUAACGCCACUACUAGAAGAGACGAGGCGAAUCACGUCAUCGGCGUCGUGGGCAUCGGCCAGGACAUUACGGCCCGUAUGGCGCAGGAGCAGGAGUACGCACGUUUGAUUGAUACAGCGAAUGCGCCGAUCUUCGGAGUCGACGUGAAUGGCCUCGUAAACGUGUGGAACAAAAACGCCAGCGACGUGACGGGCUUUACGAGCGAGGACGUGAUGGGCCGGCACCUGGUCAACGAAUUCAUCACGGACGACUACAAGGACUCGGUGCAGGGCGUGUUCACGAAGGCGCUGAACGGCGAGGAGACGGCGAAUUUCGAGUUUCCCCUGGUGACAAAACCGGGCACGCGCGUGCAAGUGCUGCUCAAUGCCACGACGCGCAGAGACGAGCAGAAACACGUCGUUGGCGUCGUGGGCAUCGGCCAGGACAUUACGGCGAGAAUAGCCCAGGAGCAGGAGUACGCGCGCCUCAUCGAUACCGCGAACGCCCCGAUCUUCGGCAUCGACUCAAAUGGCCUGGUCAACGUGUGGAACCGCAACGCGUCGAAUCUCACGGGCUUUUCGAGCGAAGACGUGAUGGGGCGACACCUCGUGAACGAAUUCAUCACGGACGAUUUCAAGGAGCGCGUGCAGAACGUCUUCAUCAAAGCUCUCGCGGGCGUCCAGACGGCGAACUUCGAGUUUCCUCUAGUCACAAAAGCGGGCGUCCGCGUCGAGGUGCUUCUGAAUGCCACUACUCGAAGGGACGAACACAACCGCAUCAGCGGCGUCGUCGGCAUCGGCCAGGACAUUACGGCCCGUAUAGCUCAGGAACAGGAGUACUCGCGUUUGAUUGACACCGCGAAUGCGCCCAUCUUCGGCAUUGACUUGGAAGGUCUCGUGAACGUGUGGAACAAAAACGCCAGCGACGUGACCGGCUUCACGACCGAGGACGUGAUGGGCCGACAUUUGGUGAACGAAUUCAUCACGGACGAUUACAAGGAGCGCGUGCAGGCCGUCUUCAGAAACGCACUGAAUGGCGUGGAGACGGCGAACUUCGAGUUCCCGCUCGUGACCAAAGCGGGCGCGCGCCUCGAGGUGCUGCUGAACGCCACUACCAGAAGAGACGCGCAGAACCGUGUGACCGGCGUCGUGGGUAUCGGCCAGGACAUUACCGCGCGCAUCGCCCAGGAGCAGGAGUACUCGCGUUUGAUCGACACGGCGAACGCGCCGAUCUUCGGCAUCGACCGCAACGGCCUGGUCAACGUGUGGAACCGCAACGCGUCGAAGCUCAUGGGCUUCGCCGGCGAGGAGGUCAUGGGCCGCAACCUCGUGAAGGACUUCAUCACGGACGACUACAAGGAGCGCGUCCAGGACGUGUUCACGAAGGCGCUCGAGGGCCGCGAGACGGCGAACUUCGAGUUUCCCCUCGUCACGAAGGCCGGCGUCUCCGUCCGGGUCUUACUGAACGCCACGACGCGUAGAGACGACCAGGGCAAGGCGACGGGCGUCGUCGGCAUCGGCCAGGACAUCACCGCGCGCAUCGCCCAGGAGCAAGAAUACGCGCGGCUGAUCGACACGGCGAACGCGCCGAUUUUCGGGAUUGACCUGGAGGGCCGCGUGAACGUCUGGAACCAGUGCGCCUCGCACCUCAUGGGCUUCGAGACCGACGACGUCAUGGCGCGCGCGCGGCGUCCGUCCGUUGUGAAAUGUUUUGAUGGCUCACUCACCCCCAUCGCAGGGCGCGCACCUCGUGAGCCGCUUCAUCACGGACGACUACAAAGUAAGCGUGCAGAACGUCUUCACGAAGGCGCUCGUGGGCGUCGAGACGUCGAACUUCGAGUUUCCCCUCGUCACGAAGGACGGCGCGCGCGUGCAGAUUCUGUUGAACGCCACGACCAGACGCGACGAGCAGAACCGGGUGAUUGGCGUCGUGGGCAUCGGCCAGGACAUUACCGCGCGCAUCGCGCAGGAGCAGGAGUACUCUCGCCUCAUCGAAACGGCGAACGCGCCGAUUUUCGGGAUUGAUCGCGACGGCCGCGUGAACGUCUGGAACACGUGCGCGUCGAACCUGACGGGGUUUGGCGUCGCCGAGGUCAAGGGCCGCCACCUGGUCGACGACUUCAUCACGCCCCAGUACAAGUCGAGCGUGCAGGACGUCUUCAGCAAGGCCCUGUCGGGCGUCGAGACGGCGAACUUCGAGUUUCCCCUCGUGACCAAGGCCGGGAAGAGCGUGGAAAUUCUGCUGAACGCCACGACGCGGCGCGACGAGCGCGACCUGAUUAUUGGUGUGGUCGGCAUCGGCCAGGACAUCACGGCGCGCGUCGCGCAGGAGCAGGAGUAUGCUAGAUUGAUCGACACGGCGAACGCGCCGAUCUUCGGGGUCAACGUGAACGGCCUCAUCAACGUCUGGAACAAGAACGCCGAGACGGUGACGGAGUUUAGUAGGGAAGAUACGAAGGGCAAGAACCUGGUGAGGGACUUUAUCCGCGAGGAGCACCGCGACCGCGUGCAGGAGGUCUUCACGAAGGCUUUGAAUGGCGACGAGACGGCGAACUUCGAGUUCCCGCUCGUGACCAAAGCUGGUAAGUCUGUGGAGAUUCUGCUGAAUGCUACUACUAGAAGAGACGAGCAGGGCAACGUCAUUGGUGUUGUGGGUAUUGGCCAGGACAUCACGGCGCGCAUCGCGCAAGAACAAGAGUACUCGAGGCUCAUCGACAGCGCGAACGCGCCCAUCUUCGGAGUGGACAUGAACGGCGACGUUAAUGUGUGGAACGUCUGUUCCGCAAAUUUGACCGGUUUCUUGGCUUCGGAGACAUUGGGCAACUCGCUGGUCGACAACUUCAUCACGCCUCAAUAUAGACCCAUGGUGGCCGAAGUCAUUUCCCGAGCUUUGAGAGGUAUUGAAACCGCAAAUUUCGAGUUUCCCCUCAUGAACAAGACCUCGACCAAACUUAUUAGUAUCUUGCUGAACGCUACCACUCGUAGAGAUGAAACGGGUAAGGUCGUAGGCGUCGUCGGCAUCGGCCAGGACAUCUCCGAGAGCCGAGCGAAGCAGGACGCCAUCAUGAAGCAGCGCGAGGCGGAAGCGGCCCAAGCGGCCCAGGCCACCAUCUCCGCACAUGUGUACCACGAGAUCCGGAACGUCGUGGGCGCUGUACUAGCGCUAGCUGAACGAGUCUCAGAAACAGUCGAACUCAGUCUGUUGGCCGGUUCGCCCUUCGACGCGGAAGAAGCGACGAAGCUCGCGAAGCGCAUGAAGGUCGAGGAGCUGCGAGGCGCACUCACGUCACUCGGUACGGAUACGCAAGGUACGAAACCACUACUUGUUGAGCGGUUAGUCGAUGCGAGGAAGACCGAAAGCAGUCAGCGAGGCCAGCAGAUGAUGCAGCGCCUACCGGACGCGGUCCGCAAGCUCACGGAGCAUCAAAGGGUGGUCUGUCAACACGCAGUCAAUACGUUAAAUGACAUGUUAGAUGUGGCUAAGAUCGAGAACGGGACUUACUUACCGAAGGAAGAUGUGGUUGAUCUCGGGGCACUUUGUGCGAGGGCUGCGGAGCUGCAGGGUCCUCGGUUGCAGCAUGCUGUGGAGUUGAUCGUGGACGCGCCUCAGCCCGGUUCUCUGGUGGUAUUAACAGAUAGAGUGCUGCUCCUCCAGUUCAUGACCAAUCUACUGUCGAAUGCGGCGAAGUUUACUUCCACAGGCAAGGUACUUAUUUUCUGUGCCGCGCUCGAACACUCGUCGUCGUCCAUGGCGGACGUCGUUUUGGCGGUCGCGGACACGGGCCCGGGCAUCGCGCCGGCGCAGCAGAAGCGGGUGCUGAUGGCGUUUACUACCGGUGAUGCGGUGCCGCAUGAGGAUUUGUCGGACACUGCUGCUGCCAGUCGUAGUACGGGUAUCGGUUUGAGGUUAGCUGACUUGAUCGCGAAUGUCUUGUCCUUACACGGCGGUCCCGAGGUCGAGGUCGACGAGGAAGAUACAGAAAUGAAGGAAGCUGAUGCUCUACCGAGGGUGCCUUCGGCCACGAACUUAUACGAGCAUACGCCGCAGCGACGGUGGUGGCGCGCUCUACGUACGGGAAUCCAGCUCGAGUCGCCGGUCUGUCCAGAUGUCAAAACGACGCUUGGGAGUAGGGGUGGCCCUGGCACACUACUGUGGCUGGCCACAAGGAUGAAACGCGCACCCGCGGGUAGUGUGGAGGACACGAUGGUCGAGGAGCGGCCGUCGGACAACACUAGGGUACUAAAACUGCGAGGCAAGAUGCGCGUGCUCGUCGUGGACGACCAGCGGACGAUGCGCCAGAUGGUGGCGACGCUGUUCCAGCGCUUAUGUCAGGAAAAUGCCGGUCUGGAAAUAGAGUUAGAUACGGCCAUUUCCGGGGAGCAUGCGACGCGGUUGACUCGCGUAAGACGUUAUCAUGUCGUUACCAUGGACCAGCAGUUAUCCGAAAGUUAUUGUAGCGCCGUCUCCGCAGCAAGGGAGAAGAAGCGCCAGGAUAACGAGCUGAAGACCGACACGCUGUCGCCGCGGGACGGCUUCGCUUUAUCGUUAACGUUCGGCCCGGACCGCAUCCAGAACGCCCAAAAAAGACUCGCCUAUUUCGAACGUGAAAUCGACGGCCAGGCGCCCGAGCCCGGCGACGGGACCAUGGUCGGCCACGAGGCCAUCCGGGCGAUUCGCGACCUGGAGGUGCGGCAGCAGCGGCCGCCGACGGUCUGUUUUAACUUGACCGGGAACAUACUAGAAGCCGAUCGACGGCAGUACAGCGCGAACGGGUCGUCGGGCGUCUUGCCGAAGCCGACGAAGUUGAGCGACUUGAAGAACGCGUUGCUGGACGGCGUGCCGACGUUCUUGGCCAACGGGAGCUGCGUGCAACGCGGCAACGGCGUCUUCCACGCGUUCGGCGAGCUGCAGCUCGCCGACCGGCGGCGAUAGCAUGUACAUGAUAGUCCCUGGCAGUUUUGGGAGCCCCAUCCCCCGAGAUUAAGAGAAAGAUAG